CUCGACCAGCUUCUGGUGAUCUCGUUUCUCACAGUACUCUCUCACACAACCUCCUUUUCCUUCUCCUCCACUCUCUCUCUCUGUCUCUUUCUCUUUUUCUUUCUUCUCCCUACUCUUUCUCUGUUUUUCUCUGAUAUUUUCCAUUGUUUCUCGACAAGUUAGCAAGACGAGGUCAAUUUGCCGUAUUUAACAUGACGGUGAUGACUCCUGCUCCCAUCGAUCAGCAAGAGGAUGAGGAGAUGCUUGUCCCACACUCGGAUUUGACUGAGAAUAAUCACCAGCCUAUGGAAGUUGUAGCUCAACCUGAAAUUGCCAACACUGUGGAGAGUCAGCCUGUCGAAGAUUCUCCGUCUACAAGAUUCACAUGGAGAAUUGAAAACUUUUCUCGGCUGAAUACGAAGAAGCUCUAUUCAGAUAUAUUCAUUGUUGGAGGUUAUAAAUGGCGUGUACUUAUUUUUCCAAAAGGGAACAAUGUGGACUAUUUGUCCAUGUAUUUGGAUGUUGCAGAUUCGUCUAGUUUGCCCUAUGGGUGGAGUAGAUAUGCACAGUUUAGCUUGGCAGUAGUUAAUCAGAUGCAUAAUAAGUAUUCUGUGAGAAAAGACACGCAGCACCAAUUCAAUGCGAGAGAAAGUGAUUGGGGUUUCACAUCCUUCAUGCUUCUUGGGGAGUUGUAUGACCCUAGUAGAGGUUAUCUUGUGAAUGAUGUUCUUGUAGUUGAAGCUGAGGUUCUGGUCCGUAGGAUUGUUGAUUACUGGACUUAUGACUCAAAGAAGGAGACUGGCUAUGUUGGACUUAAGAACCAAGGGGCUACCUGCUAUAUGAAUUCUCUUCUCCAAACUUUGUACCAUAUUCCUUAUUUUAGAAAGGCCGUUUAUCAUAUGCCCACAACAGAGAAUGACAUGCCCUCUGGAAGCAUUCCUUUGGCGUUACAAAGUUUAUUUUACAAGCUGCAGUAUAGUGACACUAGUGUUGCUACAAAGGAGCUGACAAAGUCUUUUGGAUGGGAUACAUACGACUCUUUCAUGCAGCAUGAUGUUCAAGAACUAAAUAGGGUCCUCAGUGAAAAGCUUGAAGACAAAAUGAAGGGAACCGUUGUUGAGGGAACAAUACAAAAGUUAUUUGAAGGGCACCAUAUGAACUACAUUGAAUGCAUCAAUGUGGACUAUAAAUCAACCAGAAAGGAGUCAUUUUAUGACCUCCAGUUAGAUGUCAAGGGCUGUCGUGAUGUUUAUGCUUCCUUUGACAAGUAUGUAGAAGUUGAACGCCUUGAGGGUGACAACAAAUAUCAUGCUGAACAAUAUGGUUUACAGGAUGCUAAGAAGGGUGUUCUAUUUAUUGAUUUCCCCCCCGUCCUUCAGCUUCAGCUGAAAAGAUUUGAAUAUGACUUUAUGCGAGAUACAAUGGUAAAGAUUAAUGAUAGGUAUGAAUUUCCCUUGCAACUUGAUCUUGAUCGAGAGAAUGGAAAGUAUUUAUCACCUGAGGCUGAUAGGAGUGUCCGCAAUCUAUACACGCUUCACAGUGUUUUGGUUCAUAGUGGUGGCGUGCAUGGUGGGCACUAUUAUGCUUUUAUCAGGCCAACUCUGUCUGAUCAGUGGUACAAAUUUGAUGAUGAGAGGGUGACAAAAGAAGACAUAAAACGGGCAUUAGAGGAACAAUAUGGUGGUGAGGAGGAGUUACCACAGGCCAAUCCUGGAUUUAACAACACUCCUUUUAAAUUCACCAAAUAUUCAAAUGCGUAUAUGUUGGUGUAUAUACGUGAAAGUGACAGGGACAAAAUCAUUUGCAAUGUUGAUGAGAAAGACAUUGCUGAACACUUGAGGGAGAGGUUGAAGAAAGAACAAGAAGAAAAAGAGCACAAAAAGAAAGAGAAGGCAGAGGCUCACCUUUAUACUAUUAUAAAGGUGGCACGAGAUGAAGAUCUUGCAGAGCAGAUUGGAAGGGAUAUAUAUUUUGACCUUGUAGACCAUGACAAAGUUAGAAGUUUCCGUUUCCAAAAGCAAAUGCCUUUUAACCUGUUCAGGGAUGAAAUUGCCAAAGAGUUUGGCAUACCAGUGCAAUUUCAGCGCUUUUGGCUGUGGGCGAAGCGGCAAAACCAUACAUAUAGACCUAAUCGGCCUUUGACACUGAUGGAGGAGACUCAAUCUGUUGGACAAUUGAGGGAGGUAUCUAACAAAGUUCACAAUGCUGAACUAAAACUGUUUUUAGAAGUGGAGAUGGGGCUGGACUUACGUCCCAUUGUACCUCCGGAGAAGACAAAGGAUGACAUAUUACUUUUCUUCAAGCUAUAUGAUCCUGAAAAAGAGGAGCUACGUUAUGUUGGAAGGCUUUUUGUAAAGGGUACUGGUAAGCCAUCAGAAAUCUUAAGAAAGUUGAAUGAAAUGGCUGGUUUUGAUUCUGAGGAAGAGAUAGCGCUUUACGAGGAAAUUAAAUUUGAACCAAAUGUAAUGUGUGAACCUAUUGACAAGAAACUAACAUUUCGAGCAAGCCAGCUUGAAGAUGGAGAUAUCAUAUGCUUUCAGAAAGGUUCCUUGAUGGAGAGUGAUCAUGUCCGCUAUCCAGAUGUGUCUUCAUAUUUAGAAUAUGUGCACAACCGUCAGGUUGUUCACUUUCGAUCUUUGGAUAAACCUAAGGAAGACGACUUCUGCCUAGAGAUGUCAAGGCUCUAUACAUAUGAUGAUGUUGUGGAGAGAGUGGCUCAACAACUGGGAUUGGAUGAUCCAUCGAAAAUUAGGCUAACCCCACACAACUGUUACUCUCAACAACCAAAACCCCAGCCUAUUAAGUACCGAGGGGUGGAACAUUUGUCUGACAUGCUGAUCCACUACAACCAGACUUCGGAUAUAUUAUACUAUGAAGUGCUUGACAUCCCUCUGCCAGAAUUACAAGGUUUGAAAACUCUGAAAGUUGCAUUUCAUCAUGCUACUAAGGAUGAAGUUGUUAUUCAUACCAUCAGACUCCCAAAGCAGAGCACUGUGGGUGAUGUCCUUGAUGAUCUUAAAACAAAGGUGGAGUUGUCUCAUCCUAAUGCGGAACUUAGGUUGCUGGAAGUUUUCUACCACAAGAUAUACAAGGUCUUUCCUCCCGGUGAAAAGAUUGAGAACAUCAACGACCAAUACUGGACAUUAAGAGCAGAGGAGAUUCCAGAAGAAGAGAAAACUCUUGGUCCCCAUGAUCGUGUAAUUCAUGUGUAUCAUUUCAAUAAGGAUACAGCUCAGAACCAAAUGCAAAUUCAGAACUUUGGGGAUCCAUUUUUCUUGGUCAUACAUGAAGGUGAGACUUUGGCCGAAAUUAAAGUGCGAAUACAGAAAAAACUACAAGUUUCAGAUGAGGAGUUUGCCAAGUGGAAGUUUGCUUUCCUUUCUCUAGGGCGUCCUGAGUACCUUCAGGACUCUGACAUUGUAUCCAGUCGUUUUCAGAGAAGAGAUGUUUAUGGAGCUUGGGAGCAGUAUCUUGGCUUGGAGCAUACUGACAAUGCUCCUAAAAGAUACGCAGUUAACCAGAGUCGCCACACCUAUGAGAAGCCAGUAAAGAUUUAUAACUAGGAAAUCCAUUGUCAUCUUGCUUGGGAUGAAACUUGGCACAUUCUUCUACACCCCACAUCACAUGUGCUUGUGAAAAGCAAGGAAGAUAUCAAAAGGCUACUCUGUAUAGGCAACCAAGUGAAAUCAAUCGGCAUUUGAGUUGGUUACUGCUGGAUUUUAUGUUAAUUGUGGUAUUUAAUUCUUUCUGUCAAUGGAGUGGCAUUGCUCUUCAACACUUUGUAUCUUCCGAUCGCAGCACCAUGAGCUGUUAGUUGCUUCGGUUUUUAUAUGAAGGUUCUUCGAGUUUAGGACAUUGAUCACCACCACCACCACCACCAUUAGUGCUUUGUAACAGUACAUAAAGUUUUUUGGAUUAGUGAGUGUAUACAGGGUAUAGUUGGUUGACUCUCUUAUCAUUUUUCUUGGUUGCUUCCUGAUUUUGUUCAGCUGGAGUUGCUAAAAGCCCAGGUGAGUGGCUUCAAAUGGUGUAGGAGAGACAGGUUUCUGUAAUCUAGAAAGGGAGACUUGACAGUCUCUUCAGAACUCUUGUUAGCAUACAAAGUUUUACUAGUUUUCUUCUGACCA